AUGGACGGAAACAGGUCAGGCAAGAACUGCACAGUCUCCUGGCGGGCGCUGGACGCCGCAGUCAGACGGUUUGACACGCUCAAUGGCUCGGCAAACUUCUACGACAUCAACAGCAAGACCUCCGCCUCCUUCGACACCGCCAACGACAUUCCGCGCCUUACCUGGGACCAGGUGCGCGCACGGCUGGAGAAGCGGUUCGUGUGUGCUGCAGAAGUGAAGGCGGAAGACAUCGAGGGCGGGAAGAGCGGAGCGAGAAUGGUCGUGCGGGCCUUGCGGCGGACGGCAGGCUUUGCGGAUGCGAAGGAGGUUCUCGAGUGCAGUGUCUGGCUGGCGGCGUUGCUGGGAGCUGUGUCGAACGCAGCGCUGGAUAUAGCCGAGUCGCAACGACGCUCCCCUUCGGUCAGUCCCACACCAAACCCUCACGAUUUCUUCGCCACCCGCAACUCUCGCACCGCUACACCCACCCCGACUCCCGCACUCGAACCCGGCCCGAGCGGCGAGAACAAAAAGCCUUUCUUUGCCGCAGUCACGCCGACUCCUCAGUCUGUCCCAGCCAAGCGUCGCGCUUCGCAGGCGCUCGAUCUCGACCUCGAGCCCGUACCGCUGCCCCUCGGAGGAAAGGGGAAGGGGAAGGCUCGAGCGAUCGUGUUGGACGACGAGGACGACGAUAUUGUCUUCGUCUCGGUCUUGGGGCGCAGGACCGCGGGUGAAGGAGAGCCUGAGGUCGACGAGGAGGAGGAGGAUCGCGCGAUCAGCGCAUGUUCGCCGGAGCUAGGAGAAGCUGAAGGAGGAGAGCAAGAAGAGGAGGAGGGGGAGGAACGGGCCGAUGAGUUCGAAGAACCGGCCAUCGGCGUCCAGGUAUUGGGCAAACGCGCCAGGCCGCCGCCAGGGUAUCUAGCGGGUCUGGACAGGAGCAUCACCCCGCCAGCGGGACGAGCUGAAGCUUUCGACGAUCAAGAGUACCUGCCGGAAAAGAAGGGCAAAGCAGCAAAGUCUCCCGAGAAGACAGGGAAGCGAGCCAAGAAGGGCGAACCCGACCCUUCUCAACCCAAUCUCCAUGGGUUCUGGCCCUCGACGCACAAGCAGGACAUACCUCAACCGGUGCAUAAGCGAUCUUGA